AAUCGGAGCUUCUGUUUUUUCUAAGAAAUAAAAACAGUAAGACCCGAACCCCUAAACAAUUGAGUAUAGACGGCAGAGCCAUGUGCCCUUGAAGCAUUUUCAGACGCGGCACAGCCGUCACCACCAAAUCAAAUUCUUCAAUCCUCCGGCACCCAAGUAACGCUUUCCCUCUUCCUUAACUACCCUUUUCAUCUUCUUUCGAGCUAGGGGAGAAGAAGACAAAAGAUCGUUUCUUUUUUGAUUUGUUGAUUCUUCGUUUUCCGGCAACAAUGUCGAAGUCGCCAUCCCCGGCGUCGUCCCCGGUUCCUCCACCUCCGUCCAACAGUUCCUCACCCUCACCACCUGCUGCCUCACCACCAACCCCGUCGUCUGCCCCACCUCCUCCCAACAGUACCUCAUCGACGCCACCGCCACCAUCAGCGUCCCCACCUUCCUCCCCCACACCCCCCACACCACCCUCCUCGCCACCGCCUACACCGCCUUCACCUUCUUCCCCUUCAACGCCAUCGCCUCCGCCUCCUUCCACUUCCACGCCACCUACUCCAUCGGGUGGGAGUAGUCCUCCUCCUCCGCCCACCAAAACCGGGACAUCUCCAUCGCCUCCACCUCCGAGCAAUUCGGGCACUCCGUCACCGCCUAGUUCCGGAUCUAGUUCAUCCUCAAACACUAUCUCAACGGGGUUGGUUGUGGCAAUAGCUAUUGGGGGAGUGGUGAUAUUGUUAGUGGUAAGCAUGUUGUUCUUCUGUUGUAAGAAGAAGAAGAGGAGACGUGAUGAAGAUUACUACAGGAGGCCGCCGCCCCCACCUCCUGGGCCAAAACAUGAUGUUUAUGGUGCCCAGCAGUAUCAGUGGCAACAAAAUCCUCCCCCUCGUGCUGAUAAUGUUUAUACAUAUCCAAAGCCCUCUCCACCACCAGUUCUAUCGAGGCCACCCCCGCCACAGUCUCUCGGUUACAGUUCCACAACUACAAAUUCAUUGCCACAACCACCUCCACCACCACCUUUCAUGAGUAGCAGUGGUGGUUCUGGCUCCAACUAUUCAGGUGGUGACCCACUUCCGCCUCCGUCUCCUGGGAUUGCAUUAGGUUUCUCAAAGAGCACAUUCACAUAUGAGGAAUUAGCAAGGGCGACAAAUGGCUUCUCAGAAGCAAACCUUCUUGGACAAGGUGGUUUUGGGUAUGUGCACAAAGGAAUCCUUCCAAAUGGGAAAGAAGUAGCAGUCAAGCAGCUAAAGGCUGGAAGUGGACAGGGAGAGCGAGAAUUUCAGGCAGAAGUUGAGAUUAUCAGCCGAGUGCAUCACAAGCAUCUUGUUUCGUUGGUUGGCUACUGCAGCACUGGGUCACAGAGAAUGCUUGUUUAUGAGUUUGUUCCUAACAACACUCUGGAGUUUCAUUUGCAUGGAAAGGGACGACCUACAAUGGAUUGGCCAACUAGGGUGAGAAUUGCUUUAGGGUCGGCAAAAGGACUGGCGUAUCUACAUGAAGAUUGUCAUCCUAAGAUCAUUCAUCGUGACAUCAAAGCUGCAAAUAUUCUUCUGGAUUUCAAGUUUGAGGCAAAGGUUGCUGAUUUUGGGCUUGCAAAGUUUUCCUCUGAUGUUAAUACCCAUGUAUCUACCAGGGUGAUGGGUACUUUUGGGUAUUUGGCUCCCGAAUAUGCUUCUAGUGGAAAGCUUACAGACAAAUCAGAUGUCUUCUCCUUUGGAGUCAUGCUUUUGGAGUUGAUUACUGGUCGCCGACCCGUUGAUUCUUCUUUCAUGGAGGACAGCUUGGUGGACUGGGCAAGGCCCUUGCUUACACGAGCUGCAGAUGAUGAGAACUUUGAAAGCCUGGCUGAUCCAAGACUUCAAAACGAAUAUAACCACAACGAGAUGGCACGCAUGGUUGCUUGUGGUGCUGCUUGCGUGCGACAUUCAGCAAGACGUCGGCCACGAAUGAGCCAGAUAGUCCGUGCUUUAGAAGGAGACGCUUCUCUGGCCGACCUCAAUGAAGGAAUCAGACCCGGACACAGCACCAUGUACAGCUCCUACGGCAGCUCAGAUUAUGACAACAGCCAUUACAAAGAAGACAUGAAACGGUUCAGGAAGAUGGCAUUAGGCACCACGGAAUAUGGUGCCAGCAGUGAGUACAGCGAACCAACCAGUGAAUACGGCCUCUACCCUUCAGGCUCCAGCGGCGAAGCCCAAACUACCCGGGAACGGGAAAUGGAAAUGGGAAAGAUGAAGAAGAACGGCCAAGGGUUCGACAGCCACGGUUUCAGCUGAAGCUCUAACUCGGAAAAAUCCAGCCAUCCUUGUUCCAUGCUCUGGAAGGAUUAUAAGAACGGAUUGUUUUCAAUCAAGAUGAACACACAUCUGGUUUUAUUUUAUUUUUUUAAUUCUCCUCCUAAUUUUGAAAUGACUGUUUUAUAUAUAUAUUUAGUGACUACAAAAUUAAAAAUAAUGGAUAUUA